CGGCCGCAGCCCUGCGCCAGCCGCGCCGCGGAGAUGCGCGUCCCCGCCGCGCUGUGAGCGCCGCCGGCGGAGACGGCGAGGGGAGCGGCGGCCCCCGCAGCGGCUCUGCCUGCCGGGGCGCCCCCCGCGCCCCGCGGCAGCGCUCGGAAGAGGAAGGCGAGGGGGAGGGGGCCGGGCGGACCGUCCCGCUGCGCCCCAGCCGCCCCGUCGGGUCUCCGGUGGCGAGAGGAGGCGGCGGCGGAGGAGGAGGAGGAGGAGGAGGAGGCGGCGGCGGCCGGAGCCGGAGCCGGAGCCGGAGCGGGGGGCGCUCGCCGCUGCCCCGGGGCCGGGACAUGUCGUCGGCGGCGGUGGCGGCUGCUUCCCGCAGGCAGUCGUGCUACCUGUGCGACCUGCCCCGCAUGCCCUGGGCCAUGAUCUGGGACUUCACCGAGCCCGUGUGCCGGGGCUGCGUCAACUACGAGGGCGCCGACCGCGUGGAGUUCGUCAUCGACACGGCGCGGCAGCUGAAGCGGGCGCACGGCUGCUUCCCCGAGGGCCGGGCCCCGCCGCCGCCGCACGCCAAGCAGCCGCCGCUCUCCGCCAAGGAGCUCCUGGCGCAGCAGCAGCAGCAGCUCGGACACCCCGCGGCCGCGGCGGCGGCGGCGGCGGCGGCGGCCGAGGCGGCGGCGCGGCCCCCGCCGCAGCCCCUGGAGCGCUACCCGCUGGCGGCCGAGCGGCCGCCGCCCCGCCUGGGCGCCGAGUACGGCGGCGGCCGGCAGGUGAACGGCAUCCUGGUGCCCAACGGCUUCCCCAAGCCCGAGGAGCCGCCCGAGCUCAACCGGCAGAGCCCCAACCCGCGGCGGACGCACGCCGUGCCGCCCACCCUGGUGCCGCUGGUGAACGGCGCCGGGCUCCCCGCCGCCAUCGGCGGCCUGGGCAGCCGCGCCGCCGCCGCCGCCGCCUCGCUGGCCGCCAUCUCGGCCGCGCCCGCCCCGCUGGCCGUGCCCGUGCCCCAGCAGCCGGCCGCGGCGGCGCAGGCGGCGGCGGCGGGGGGGCAGCCCGGCGAGCUGGGGCACAAGCGCCCCGGCUCCGUCUCCUCGUCGUCCUCCUCGUCGGGCGGCGGCGGCGCGGCGGGGGAGCACGACGGCGGCGCCAAGGAGAAGCGCGGCUCGGCCGAGAGCCUGCCGGCGGCGGCGGCGGCGGAGCUGGGCGCCGAGGGCAAGGGCCGAGCGGGCGGCGAGGAGUGGCUGGCCAAGCCCAAGACGGUGCGGGACACGCUGCUGGCCCUGCACCAGCACGGCGGGCACGCCGUGCCCCCCUUCGACAGCAAGUUCAAGAAGGAGCCGGGCAUGGCGGGCGGCCGGCUGCUGGGCUACGAGACCAACGGGGCCGUGGCCAAGCCAGGAGCCCGGGCAGCCCGGAAGAGGAAGCCGUCCCCCGAGCCGGAGGGCGAGGCGGGACCCCCGAAGAUCAACGGGGAGGCGCAGCCCUGGCUGCCGACCUCGUCGGAAGGGAUGAAGAUGCCGCUGACGGCCACCUCCUUCAUGUCGCCCCCGCCGCCCACCGCCUCGCCCCACUCCAACCGGACCACGCCGCCCGAGGCGGCCCAGAAUGGCCAGUCCCCCAUGGCCGCGCUCAUUUUGGUGGCGGACAAUGCCGGGGGCAACCACGCCUCCAAAGAGGCCAACCAGGUCCACUCCACCACCAGGAGGAACAGCAGCAGCCCCCCCUCGCCCUCCGCCAUGAACCAAAGAAGGCUGGGCCCCGGCAGGGAGGUGCCGGGCCAGGGGGCCAACGCGGCGGGCGGGCUGGAGCCCGUGCACCCCGCCAGCCUGCCGGACUCGUCCCUCGCCGCCAGCGUCCCGUUGUGUUGUACCCUGUGCCACGAGCGCCUGGAAGACACCCAUUUUGUGCAGUGCCCCUCGGUCCCGUCCCACAAGUUCUGCUUCCCCUGCUCCCGGCAAAGCAUCAAGCAGCAGGGAGCCAGCGGGGAGGUGUAUUGUCCCAGCGGGGAGAAGUGUCCCCUGGUCGGCUCCAACGUCCCCUGGGCCUUCAUGCAGGGGGAGAUCGCCACCAUUCUGGCCGGAGAUGUGAAAGUCAAAAAGGAGAGAGACUCGUGACUUUGCCGGCCUCACGGCCCGACGCCACCUUUAACUCAAACUGCUUGAAUUCUGUAUAUAUCUAUAAAUAUAUAUAUAUAAAUAUAUAUAUAUCUCCAAGACAAGGGAAAUGUAGACUUCAUAAACAUGGCUGUAUAAUUUUGAUUUUUUUGAAUACAUUGUGUUUCUAUAUUUUUUGAAGACAAAAGGUAUGUACUUAUUAUAAAGGCAUUUCUUCUAAUUCUUCUCCUUUUUUUCCCCCCCUUUUUUGUUUCCCCCCUUUUUUUUUCUUCCCUUUUGUUAUAGCAACUAUUUGUUGUGCUUCCCUGGUGACAGUUACUGUUCAAUGUAGGCUGUGACUUGCGCUGCUUUUUUUAGAGAGCACUUGGCAAACCAGAAAUGCUUCUAGCUGUAUUUGUAUGCACUUGUUUCUUUUUUUUUCUUUUUUUUCCUUUUUUUUUUUUUUUAAAUGCCAAAUACACUUUCUGACAUUGUAAAGAUCGCCUUACUGUCUGUGAUUCCUUAUUCCUGGCCCCUGUUUCUGUAGAGCUGGUCGCAUGCAGGCUCGGUCCGAGGUGGUUGGGGAGCAGCGUGGCUAGCCGUGGCGGGGACGCUCUUUGCCACCCCGCGAGCCAGGCAAGCGUAGGGAGCACGAGGGGUUUCUCCCAGAAACGGCUGUCUCGUGUUGCGGCGGCAGAUCCGCCGGAUCGAGUCCAAAAUUCCUCAGUGUUUCUCAAGGGAAGUUUCCUUCGGAGUAGGAUGUGGAGAGGUGUCUGAGAGGCGCUGUUGAGUUAGGGAUUUCUGGGUUGGUUUGUUUUUGUUGUUCUUUUUUUUUUUUUUUUUCUUUUAAGGCAAAGUUGACCGCAGUUCACGUGAUCAGUUGUAAGAUUACAAAACUGCAUUUGUUCACCAAUUGCAUACUAUAACGUGGAAUUUUGAUAGACAACCUAAUGACACGAUUGGUGAAUGCACCGACAUAGCACUGCCAUCUCUGAAGGUCUUCAGCGUCACUUAAGUUUUUUUUGUGUCUUUGGACAAUGAUGGGGAUGUGGGGGAGAGACUGAUUUUUUAAAUUUUAUUUUUAAUUUUAAUUUUCAGGUAGUGCAGGUGGACUUUGAGUUUGCUUAUCAGUCACCUCUGGUGCUGUUGCUAUUGUUACUAUCGCUGACAUGGUGUUUCCAAGUAGUGGCAGGUACAGUGUGGUACAAUGACAGCAGUGACUGAGGUUCUGCCAGAUUGCCUGCGGGCAUAUCAGUGACAGCCCAAAUGUGGGUGGAGGAAACCUGUAAUUUCCUUAUUACGUGUGCUUGAAACAAACCUAAUGCUAUUCUUUGAAAAUGAAAAUAUAAACUGGUUGAAAUGAAAGCAAUUAGGGCUUCACAUCAUGGCCACGGCCCUGCCUUUUAAGCUACUUUGGAGAACUCUUUUGUAAAGCCACUUCUUUCGAUCACGCUUCUGCAUCACCAAGCAGACUUCUAAAAUCAAUAAAUCAUUGGUUACUAGAAAUAGUUGAGUCUUAUAGUGAUGUUUUUGUGCUGUUUAUAGUUCGUUGGCAACACUGCAGCUGGACGAGCCCUUCUGUUGAGGUGUUUAUAACUGGGUUAUAAGUGGUUGUUUCUGAGCAAAGGGGUGGCCAGGUCGUCCCUUCCCUGGGACAGGCUAUUAAACACUCUUGGUGCUAGAGGAGGAGGAGAAGGAGGAGGCAAAAUUUGUUCAGCCGACUUUAAUUUGAAGAAUUUUGGGUGCUUUUGAGUCAACUGUUCUUAUUGUGAUAAUGUUCAGACUGCAAUUUAAUGCAGAGUAGAUCUUUUUUGGAAGACUUUUUUUCUCUCUCUCUCUCUAAAGAAAUGGUCAUUAUUAGUAUUUGAAGAUCAGAUCUGCACAUGCACAGUAAUUUUUUAUGAAGUGUUUAAUGAGCACACCCACUACAUUGUGUUCCAUAUUACAGGUCAAUGUAAUAUUAGAUAAGACUUGCAUGAUAAACAAAUUCAUUGAGUCAAUAUUACGCUUUAAAACUUAUACCUAUAGUCAAGAUUGGUGUCUUAUGUAAACACAUUUAGCCAAUUUGAAGAAAACGCACAUUAUAUAUAUAUAUAUACCUAUAUAUAUACCUAUAUAUAUAAAAACUGUAAAGGAUUCUUGGAACCACUAUGAUCUGUGUAAAUGUGUAUUUAGGCACUUUAUUAAAAAAGAAAAUGGAUUUUGAGCUGAUAGAUGGUAACAAGUUCUUCAAAGUUGCUUGGCAUAAUACCUCCUGUGGUAUGGAGCUCAUGUUUUUGGUUAAGGUGGUAUCCCUACUUUCAAUCCAAAACCAAAAGUGAAACCCCGACACCUUUCUACAGAGGCCCCCCUUUUGUGCUAUGGGGCGGCCUGGUGUGCAGCCUGGUGAGGGCUGGGCCUGCUCCUGACAAAGCAGGGCCUCGCUGGGGCCCAGUGACACCCCCAUGACCGGGCCCAGGCCCGAAGGCCAUGCACCCUCCUCCCAACAUGGGCUCUGGCGGCUCCCCGGGGUGGAGGGGACGGCAGGAGGCCCCGUGCCCACAGCCCAGUGCCUGUGCUGGCUCAGCUGGCCCACAGGCCUCCUGCCUCCAUUACGUCUAGUCCUGGUCACCGUGAAACCGCAGAAGUGCAAAAGGAAACAAAACAUUCAGAAUCUGAGGGUUUUCAUGCAUACCUUGUUUUUCUCAAAUUCAGCAUUGCUUUUUUCCUCUCUGUUGCUUUACUCAGUUACAAUACCGGUGGAUUCUCCAUUUCUACCAGUUCACUCUUUCCUGGGCUACAGGCUUUUUUCUUCUUCCUUUUUUUUUCUCUUAUUUUGAAAUGCUUUAACUGCAACAGUGCUACUGUUAAUAUUACUUUUUAAACUUUUUAAAAGGUGAUACUGUAAUUUGUGUAGUAUUAAAAGUGUUUUAAUGAA